AUGCUGAGGCGGAGAUCAAGCGAAUCGAGAAGGAGAAGAAGAAAGAAGCAGAGGAGAAAAAGAAGAAGGAACUGGAGGAGAAGAAAGCGGCUGAAAGAGCGGCGAAAGCAGCAAAGGAGAAAGCAGCACAGGAGGCGAAAGAAGCGAAGGAGAAGGAAGGGGGAGGGGGGGGGAGGGGAGGAGAAAGCGGAGGGGGGAGAGGAUGGGAAGAAGGACGGGGAGAAGGAUGGGGAGAAGGAAGGAGAGGGGAAGAAGGAGGAGGGGAAAAAGGGGCCGGUUAACAUGCUUGCUGCGAUUAAGAAACGCCAUGUGGCGAAUGAUAAUGAUGAUGAUGACGAUGAGAAGAAAGAUGAGAAGAAGGAUGAGAAGAAGGAUGAGAAGAAGGAUGAGAAGAAGGAUGAGAAGAAGGAUGAGAAGAAGGAUGAGAAGAAGGAUGAGAAGAAGGACGGUGGAGAUGCAAAGAAGGAUGAAAAGAAGGGUGGUGAGGGGAAGGAGGAAGCAGGGAAGGAAUCGGAGGUGAGUGAGGUGGAAUCAAGUAGUGAUGACGAUGAUAGUGACAGUGAAGAGGACGAGGAGGAGGGAGCAGGAGACAAGCCAGCAGAAGGGGCAGCAGCAGCAGGGGCGGCAGCAGGUGGUGCAAAGGAAGAAGCAGCAGCAGGGGCAGCAGCAGGGGAGGAUGGGGCGAAGGAGGGUGGAAAGAAGAAAGUGGUAAAGAAGGUGGUGAAGAAAGUAGUGAAGAAAAAGAAGGCUGCGGAAGGGGAGGGGGCGGCUGAAGGGGAGGCGGGGGAGGGGAAGAAAAAGAAGGUGGUGAAGAAAAAAGUGGUGAAGAAGAAGGAUGGGGCUGCGGGGGAGGGCGCGGAUGGGGCAGAGGGAGGCGGGGAGAAAAAGACACUCGGCGUGUGGCUCGGCGUGUGGCUCGGCAAGCGUCAGCAUGUGUCGGCAUGCGCGCCGCAUGCAUCAGCAUGUGCUCAGCAUGUGCUGUCUCAGCAUGCGUGCGGCAUGCAUCAACAUGUGUUCUCUCACACACGUGCACACCUCAAGUCACACAGCUCAACACAUCAAGCCCUCCCAAAUCUAUUGUACAUAUGA